UUUUUUAAGGAGUAUCAUGAAAUGCGUAGCGAUGCAACGGGCUGACGUCAUUCUAACGCCAGGGCUGGCGACGUGGAGAACAUGGAGGACACGAGUCUGUAGAGUAAACUUAGCUUUGAAUCAAACCCUAAUUUUAAAACCGGUUAUCAGCUUUCAACAUUUAUCGGCGAUAAGACCACACAAUAAAACUGACAUUGAGUGGGAAGGGGGGCAAAGCUUCACCACAGAACGAAAGUGAGGGUCUGACAGCGCAAAAAACAAACAGUGAGGAAUCGUUUUUGACAGGGUUUGGCAUAUGCCCGGUGAAUAACAUCUGUCUGGCUGGACAGAGUCAGCAGAGAUGGGAGCCAACACCAGUCAGGUCAGCGACCUGUCCAAUAACCCCAACCUCAAGGCUCUGGUGGGUCCGGAGUCUAUAUCUGAGAAUGAUCCUUUCUGGAACCAGCUCAUCUCGUUCACUUUCAUCAGUCCCACCAGCAGUGGAGAGUCCAAGUUGUUAGAAGAGGCCGUCAUUCCUCUGGCCAAGACCUUGAUUGAAAACAAUCCCAGAUCAGGAAACUUUAGUGCGCUUGUGAGAAUUUUCCUUGGAAGAACCAAAGAACUCAAAAUCUCCACAGAAUGCCAAGACCAGCUGUUCAUCUGGCAGGCCCACAAUGCAUUGCUGAUGAUUCGAUGCCUUCUGAAAGUGUUCAUCCGGGAGAUGAGUGAGGAAGAGCUGCACCAGCAGUUCUCCUACCAGGAGAGGGCAGUAGUCUCCUGUUCAGAAACGAGCAGCGAGGACCUGCUUGAAGAGCUGUUGUCAAACCUCAUCCACCUGAUUGUGGAAGUUCCUCUGCUAGACAUCACCUACAGCAUCCUGUUUGAAGCGGUGACCACAUUACUGGUGCUCCUCUCCUAUCAGCUCUUCCAUAAGGACAUCCUCCGCGAUGGAAUCAUCUUCCAGCACAUUAUGAAGGGCCGAUGUCUGUGUUUGACCAGCCGUCUGGUGAAGACCCUGCUGUACAACUUCAUCAGACAAGAGAAGUGCCCUCCUCCUACCCACAUCUUUGAGCCAAAGGCUGAAGGUGGCCUGCUUUAUGGUCUGGCAUUUGGCGUGGCAAGUGGUCUGUGGAGUGUCUUUACGUUGGGUGGAGCUGGCAGCAAAUCUGAAAAUGACCAAGAACACAACCCCUUACCUUUAUCCAAUCAGAGUCUUCUUUUGCUGCUGGUUCUAGCCAAUCUGCCAGACGGGCCCGACUGGCCCAACCCCUACCGACAGGCUAUUACCUGCUUCAGAAACACCCAAGACACGUCGUCGCCGCCUGCGGAGCACCCUCACACCUUCCAGAUCAAUUUCAACAGCCUGUACACAGCUCUGUGUGAGCAGCAGCGCUCCGACCAAGCCACCCUGCUGCUGUACACCCUUCUUCACCAGAACGCCAACGUGAGGACGUACAUCCUGUCAAGAACUGACAUGGACAAUCUGGUCCUCCCCAUCCUCGAUAUUCUUUACCAUGUAGAGGAGAGAAAUUCACAUCAUGUCUACAUGGCCCUCAUUAUUCUCCUCAUCCUCACCGAGGAUGAUGCCUUCAAUCGUUCCAUCCACGAGGUGGUAUUGAAGAAUAUUUCAUGGUACACGGAGAGGUCGUUAACUGAGAUCUCCCUCGGUAGUUUGCUAAUCCUGGUGGUUAUUCGCACCAUCCAGUUCAACAUGACGCGGACCAGGGAUAAGUACCUUCACACCAACUGUCUCGCUGCACUUGCUAAUAUGUCAGCCCAGUUUAGAUGUCUGCAUCAGUACGCUGCCCAGCGCAUCAUCAGUUUAUUUGCUUUGCUUUCCAAAAAGCACAACAAGGUUUUGGAGCAAGCAACACAGUCUCUGAGAGGCAGACAAGGAGACAGCACAGCCUUACCAGACUAUGCACAGGAUCUGAGUGUGAUUGAGGAGGUGAUCCGCAUGAUGCUGGAAAUCAUUAACUCUUGUCUGUGCAACUCUCUGCACCACAACCCCAACCUGGUGUACGCCCUGCUCUACAAGAGGGAGCUCUUUGAGCAGUUCAGGAUGCACCCGUCCUUCCAGGACAUCAUGCAGAACCUCGACACGGUCAUUGGAUUCUUCAGUCAGCGUCUGGAGCAGGCUGGAAGUGACCUGUCUGUGGAGCGAGUUCAGGAGGUCAUCAUGAAAGGAGCUCAGGCCCUGCCUAAAGACAGACUGAAGAAAUUUCCCGAACUCAAGUUUAAGUACGUGGAAGAAGACCAGCCGGAGGACUUCUUCGUCCCUUACGUCUGGUCCCUCGUCUUCAACUCUGGCGUGGGCCUGCACUGGAUCCCGACUGGCAUCGAACUCUUCAGCAUGGACUCCGGCUGAAAAGCUUCAUCCUCGUUUCCGUUCAGAACCGGAAGGAUUCUGAUGCGUGUGUGUGUGGGGGGGGCUUGUUUUUUGGGACAUGUGUGGGUGAGCAUUUCCUUUUGAAAGUGCCUCGACCUCGUACAGGACGGCGUUCCUUUUUAUGCAGCACAACCUCUGUCCCCCAUGUAUCAAAUAAAUUCUCUGCUUCCACACUGUGAAGUUUCCUCCACAGCCGUCUGCACAUUUACUUCCUUUCAAUCCUGCAGUACGACGAGGUUUACCACCAACUUUUGCCAUGGCGAUGGGUUCAGGACACCGACAAGGGUUGGAAAUAAAGAUAUUUCCCCGUACGAUUUCAAAACAAAGGUCAUUUAAAGAUUAAUUCGUAUUUACUCUGCUGUAGCUGUACGCAAAUUAAAAUAUAUGUGUUUUUUUCAUGAAAUGUUCUGAAUGCAGCAAGUUUGAUAAAAUGUUUCUGAGAUUGAAGUCAAAGCAGGUCACCAAAGGAAAGCUGUCUGUUGAAUUGAAAUAUACAGGAGUUUCAGUAUAUCUCUUUAUUUUAUGCCCCAUAUUAAAAACACAAUCACUAUUUCUAUAUCAUAUUAGCAGCCUGAAUCAUACUGAUUUAUUUUUUUCCAUUUUUUUUUUCUUUUUACUGCAUCUAAUCUUUGUCAUUAGCAUCCUGAAUGGAAGCUGAGGAGAGUAGACUGGGACUGAAAGAAAAUCCGACCUUUUGUGUGUAAUUACAGCUGCCGCAUUCAAUUGUCAUUUUAUUUGCAUGUUAAAGUAGAGACUUGUGUUAUUUAUUUUCAUUUUGUAUCUAUUCAUAUAUGGUGGGAGUGGAUUAAGAACCGCUAUUAUUUCCACAUGGGAAACUUUUUAUUAUUUUUUAAUAAACGUGUCAUUUUUGGGGUAAAGUUUUCUUUGGAAAUAGAAGUUUAAAUAAAAGUAUAAAAACCAAA